AUGCUGCAUCGACUCCGCCGGGCAGGGCCGGCCUGUCACCGCGCGGACCGCGACGCCCAGCCCCGGGCGCGGCGGGCGGAAGGCUCGCGGGGCGGCGGGCGCCGGCUCCAAUGGCGGCUGCGGCGGCGGCAGGAGCGAGGCUCGGCGUCAGCGCGCGCGGGGCAGGCCGGGAGCGGCGCCCUGCCGUCGCACCGGAGCCUGCGCACCCGCGCCCCGCGGGAUGCAUUUCGCUCCCGAGUCCCAAAGUCGCGCGGCGGGGGCGGGGUCCUGGGUCACGUGGCUGCGCCCGGCGAGUCUGUGAAAAGCGCCCGUGCUCCUUCCGUGUUCGAGCGGGGGCUUGUGGGCGAGUCCAUCACCUGUGAUGGGGUCCAGCCCCAGUGCGCGGGCCCAGACCAGGGCUGCUUCGGGGACGACGUCGUGGACAAGCCUGGGGCUGUCACACACCGAGCCCCCUGGGGUCUGGAUGCCCAGGGAGGCCACGACCAGGUGGACGGGCAGAUCCUGGGCCAGCUGCGUGCCCUGACUGAAGAGGAUGUGGAGGAGGGGGCUGGGAGCACUUGCCCCCCCGUGGGGCCGGCCUGCCCGGGCAUGGGCUCUGAGGAGCUGCGGCUGGCCUCCUUCUGUGACUGGCCGCAGGCUGCAGGAGUGCAGCCCGAGCCACUGGCUGCUGCUGGCUUCUUCCACACGGGUCAGCAGGACAAGGUACGCUGCUUCUUCUGCUAUGGGGGUCUGGAGAGCUGGGACCAUAGGGAUGACCCCUGGACAGAGCACGCCAAGUGGCUUCCCAGAUGUCAGUUCUUGCUGCGCUCCAAAGGAAGAAACGUUGUGCACACCAUCCAGACGGCACACUCCCACCUGCUUGGGUCCAGGGCACCCUGGGAAGAACCAGCAGCCGUGACCCCUGCCACCCCCAUCCGAGCCGACCCUGAGGUGCUCACACCCAGAAGACAGGCCCAGCGCGAAAGCCCCAGGGAGCCAGGAGCCGCGGCCACGGCGGUGGAGGAGCAGCUUCGGCGCCUGCAGGAGGAGAGAACCUGCAAGGUGUGCCUGGACCAGGCCGUGUCCGUAGUCUUUGUGCCGUGUGGACACCUGGUCUGCACCCAGUGCGCCCCCAACCUGCACCUGUGCCCCAUCUGCCGCGCCCCCGUGCGCAGCUGCGUGCGCACCUUCCUGUCCUAGGCCGGAGCCAUGGCCAGCCCCAGGACCCGGAAGGUUCUCAAGGAAGUCAGGGUACAGGAUGAGAACAAU